CUGAUUUCAUAUCUUGAUAAGUGAAGUGGUUUAGCGGUUUUUCGUAAUACGCGUUGACUUGUUUACUUGAUCUAUAACGGAUGAGCAGCUAUGAUACAUUCCCAUUUAAAAGCAAUUAUCAAGUAUCAAAUCUACUUGGAUCCGGAGCAUAUGGACGCGUUUUUAAAGGGACAUCUUUAAAUGGAACGACGGUUGCAUUAAAAGAAAUACUGAUACCUACUGAUGAUGAGGGCAUUCCACUCAGCACUCUACGUGAACUUAGUGUUCUGAAGAAGGUGCAAUCCUAUAAUUGCCCUUACCUCGUACAAAUGCUUGACAUUUCAUUAAAAAAGCAGGAGACUGGGAUAUCGAUUUAUAUUGUUUUCGAGUUUGUUGAUUGCGAUUUAGCUCGUUUUCUUUCUCACCAUGUACCUUCGACUGGCCUUCCAUCUGAGACCAUCAGGAAUUUAUCUGAACAGUUGCUCCGUGGUACGGAUUUCCUCCAUUCACAUAGAAUAAUUCAUCGUGAUCUUAAACCGGCUAAUAUUCUCAUCAAUAAGGAAACCUUGCGCUUGAAGAUAACUGACUUUGGUUUAUCUCGUGUACUUGGCUGGGAGUCUUCACUCACACCGAUUGUUGUAACAUUGUGGUAUCGGUCUCCAGAGAUUUUAAUUCAAUCUGAAUACUUAUCACCUUGUGAUAUAUGGGCUGCUGGUUGUAUCAUAGCAGAAUUAUUCAACUUACAAGCAAUUUUCCGUGCAGAUACAGAACUAGAGAUGUUAAAACUUAUAUUUCAAGUUAUUGGAUUUCCUGCUCAAAAUGAAUGGCCUGCGUUGUCUUACUUGAAACGAUCUAAUUUUCAUUUCAAUUCUUCUGGUUCAAAAUUACGUUCGUGUAUCAAAACUAACGAUAAAUUUGCACUCGAAUUACUUGAACUAAUGAUCCAGUUCAAUCCAAAAAAGCGAAUCACUGCCUUCGAUGCACUUUCACUACCGUAUUUUCAUCCUACUGUCACUAGUAGUACUAAUACAGGUGGAUCCGUUCAAAACAAUAUUCAACACAUUGAAACUACUCUGCAUAAGCCAUUAUUAAGAAAUGUAAACGCUUCUCGAUCAAAUGGACGGCAAUCCCGCUACUCUGUAAAUACCAUUUAUCCUACACAGUCAUGUGCAGCUGCAUUGUCAUCUUAUUUCCAGAAUAAUUUGCCUUCUGCAGUUAAUUUUCGACCAUGCCCUGUUGGUGGUGGUGGUAUUGAUGAAGUUGAUGGUUGUGUUCCAGUAACAAAUGCUCAACUUGUACCUCACACACUUCACUCAACAUUUGAUCAUUUAGUUAAUUCUGCACUUACAAUUGACCAAAUGGUUCCCACUUCACGUAGUUCUGAUAUUGAUCAGCAUCAGCGUAAUUUGAUUAUAUCAGUUGUGAAUAAUGCCAUUAAUGAUAAUUCAUCAUCUGUACCCUUAAAUAACAUUGACCAUAAUUCUGCCACACCACCUAGGAGACCGCUAACUAGACAACAAGCUAAAUCUAUCCGAAGGCAUACACAACCAACUAGAACCUGUCUUAUGGAAACCAAUUACGAAGUGAAUAAUUCACAGAAAAUUGGAACCCAGAAGACAUGCAAAAACUCCAUUGAAAUCUUAUCAGAUAAUACAUCUGUGCAAAAACCAAAUAAUGCAGACCCUUUAAAUGUAACAAGUCACAUAGUUAGACAGAAAAAAACAGCUCGCCGUCGAACAGUCAUGGGUGUUGUCGAGACAGCGAAUUCUUCAACUAAACAAACGAAGAAAAUAGAAACAAAUAACAGAAAUACUAGAAAAUCUAAAGAAGCCAUACCUCUUACAAGGACAUUGAUGCCAAGUAAAGCAGAGAACUCUAUUAGUUAUAUCGAUGCUUCUUUACCUUAUGUCUCACUUAAUCGAGAAGAGAUUUGCAAUAAACCAAUGCUCACCGUUACCACUACUUCUGGUAUUGAUGUUACUACUGAAUCAAAUGAAGCGAAAAGAAAAGAUAUUGAUGUAAAAAUUCUUCAACAUAGUAGUGAUGUUGGUCGAAUUUCAGAAAGUUGUCAACAAUUUUUAUCACAACAUACUACUGAUCAUCAUCGUUAUCAACAUUAUUCUCAUCAAGUUCGACCAAGUUCACGAUUUUCACUUGGGCCUGCUUCAUCAUUAUCUUCCAACUCUACUUUGCAUUCAAUUCAUGAGCAUGAAAACCCUUCUAAUGAUAAUAAUCAUAAGAAAAAGAUGAAAGAAGCAAGAUAGUAGGCAAUCAUCAACAAGUGUUAAUUAAAUCAACUAGUCAUCCACCGUUAACUACUGAAUUAGAUGAUAAUAAUGAGAACUAUUGUUUAUUAGGGAGUAGUAAUUCGACUAAAAACACAUCAACGACAACAACGGCAUCAGAGACAGAAACAAAAACAACAAUGACAUUGUGUUCUCCAUCAAAAUUACCUCGUGUUAUUGAUCAGUUUUCUUCAAGUACUCUUGUUAACACUUCACUAUUACAGUCAACAAAUAAUCCAAAUUGUGUAAAAACACAUCAUUUUACUAAACAAGGAAAUAUUAACGUCGAUGAAGACGAUACAACUGAUGAUGAAAUCGAUUCAGAUGAUAUUGAUGAAAAUCAACCAGCUAAUACAAGUCUUGGCAUUAAUACAGCAAUGACCGGUUUAGCUCUAGUCAAUAGUCAUAGUAAUAGCAAUAGUAAUUCUAGUCAAUAUAAAAAUACUACUACUACUGCUGCUACUACUACUACUACUACUAGUAAUAAUAAUAGUAAUAGUAACAGUACCGCUAAUAGUUGUAAUAAUAGUACAAAUAAAAAGGAAAAUGACAAUAAUCAUUCAAUUUUAACAUCUUCAACAAUCGCUAUUAGUAAUAAUAUUGAGUCAAAUAACAAGACAAUCCCUGUCUCAUUAUCAAAUAAUGUUACAGUUCAAUUGACCGCUUGCUCAUUAGAUAAGUUUUUAUUUAAAUAAGUAGAGACUAUCAAAUACUUUAUUUAUUUAUUUUUUUUGUUUAUUUUUACAAUUAUUAUUGAUAGUUUGUUUUACUUUCUACCUUUCAUAAAAUCAUCGGUAGAGAGAGGGAAAAGGUUGGAGAAUGCUUAUCGGUAGCCUAUGCUCCAUUGGGAGUAACAGGCGUAAGAGAGAGGAUGAUGCAUUGCAUUUCAUACUACUGAGUUCUUGUUUUAUUUUUGGUUUUUUGUAAUCUUUUUUGUAAUUUCACUAUUUGAAUUCAAUAGUGUCAAAUCGUUUGGAAUAUUUUUCUAGUGCAUUUAUUUGUCCCUAUAAACACUACUACUACUACUACUACCUAUUCUUAGUAGUAUUCAUUAUAUUCGUUUUUAUAUACAGUAUUUUGUUUUGUACGAUUAUUAUUAUUAUGAUUAUUUUUCUUCAGUUAUUCGUUAACUCUGUGCCUUCACUCAUACGAUUCCAUGUAUUUUGAUACGAUAUGUUCAUUCAUUUAUUGUGCCUUAUCAUUAUUAUUAUUAGUUGUAAAUGUCAGAAGCAUUUUUUACAAAAAAUAUACUACAAAGAUGUUUUUUCUUUCUUUUCCAUGGAUCUAUUCAACGUUUAUUAUACUCGGUGUCACUCAGUGAUCCAAGUCGAAGUUUUGAAGUCUUCUUUGUUCUUUCUUUUAAAUCAACUAGAAUGGCUACACAAAGAUGUUUGUUCUUUUUUUUUUCUUUUCCAUGAAUCUCUUCAACGUUUAUUAUACUCGGUGUCACUUAGUGAUCCAAGUCGAAGUUUUGAAGUCUUCUUUGUUCUUUCUUUUAAAUCAGUUAGAAUGACUACACUAUUAUCAUUAUUAUUAUUAGAACUGCUAUUUUGUCUUACCAUUAUUGUAUAUAAGUAUACAUUCAUUGUUAUAUCGUUUCCCCUCAUUUUUUCUCGGUGAAAACAAUAACAGAAAGAAAAUUGAAUUUUAAGAAAUAUCCCAUUUAUCCAUUAUGUGAGAAUACUCAAAUUUAACAUUACUAUUAGUACUGUAGUAUUCUUUUUUGUAUGUAUUUAAUGUACUUUAUGAAAACUGCAUAUUAUAUUUAUAUGUGUAUAUAAUGAAAAGAGUUAAUAUUUAAUUAGAAUGUGUUUAUAAUGACGAUAAUGAUGAUGAUGACGAUGAUGGUGGUGUGUAAUUCGAAUGGAUGAAUGAUGAGUAGUGACCAAUUGUGAGAAAAAAGGUGAAUAAAUGUUAUACGUAUGUGUGUGUGUGAUCUGUUUACCACAACGGAUUUCUUGUUUCACUUUGUUGUUGUGUACGAAUUGUUGAUCUUACUGGUCGGUCAUCAUCAACUUGAGCUCCUUUGUUGUUGUUUUU